AUGUCUCUCUUUGGAUCGUUGAUGGGUGAUAUUGAAGACGACCCAAUUUUCGGGUCACACAUGCAAUCCAUGCAAUCGAUGAAUAGCAUGAUGAACAUCUUCAGCAAUCCUUUUGGGAUGAUGGCACCAGCACUGAUGAUGGGUCAAGGUCAAAGUAUGAUGGGCCAACAUCAAGGAGGUCCAGUUAACAAUAUGCAUCAGAUGAUGUCUUUUGGAUUUCCUAUGCCAGCGAUGAACAUGAAUGCUAUGUUUUCAAAUUUUGAUAACAUGGCUAGCGGUAACUGCAUGACAUCAACAUCAAUAAUGACCUACACAAACGGGCCAGAUGGUCGUCCCCAAGUGUACCAAGCAUCAAAAUCAAUGCGAGCUGGCCCAAAUGGCGUCAAAGAAACCAAAGAAUCUGUUUUUGACUCCCGAGCUGGCACCAAAAAGAUGGCCAUCGGUCACCAUAUUGGCGAAAGAGCUCACAUCAUCGAGAAGAAGAAGGAUUUGCGUAACGGAGAUGAGGAAGAACACCAAGAGUUCAUCAACCUUGACGAUGACGAAGCCGACAAUUUCAACCAAGAAUGGGAACAUCGUAUUCGUCAAGCUCGUCCUCGAGCCAGUGAUUCUCAGGCAGCUAUUGAUUACUCGCCCCACAGAAGACAUCACCGUGGAGAACGACAGCUUGCGUUGACUGAUGGAACACCAAGCGCAAGUCAAAAUGAUAGUACUGAAACGGAAUCUAAGCCAAAAGCUACUGAGACAUCCGGAAGACGAAAACAUGAAGAUGAUAACGAAGAUGAUGAAGAUAAUAAUAAGAAGAAACGACAUUUAUCUACUAGUGAAGAUUAA